AUGCCGGCAUCCGAGACACCGCUGCUGGGCAAGGAGGCCGCCUCGCCGCCGCCGCGUCCGCCGCCGCGCAGCUGUAUGAGCGAAGGUAACCACCGCCAUGACAAGAGUUCCGCGGGCGAUUCCCAGCGCACAACCACCCCAGACGGCCGUCCGGCCACGCCGGAGCGGAUGCUGGAGCUGCACAGCGCGGAUGCCGUUACACCGAAGCGCAUCGCAUCCCGAAGCCACCAAAAUGAUGAGGCACUUGCCACUUUCGGCCACUCAGAGGCGGACAGGGACGCCGACGGCGGUGCUGAGGAGGCACGCGCUGCCACCAACUUCGACCACAAAGCCACGCUCGCCAUGGCGCAGCUGCCCAAUGCUACCAACAUGACACUGUCGCCCAGCGUGCUUCAACCGGAAGCAACAGAGGGACUGGUGACCAUGGCGGCUGCCAAGUCACCGCGAGGACGGGACAACUGUGCCGGAGGCGACGAAUUGUGGGACCGUGAUCCGAGCAACAGCUUGGGGGUCGCUAAGGCAGCAGCUGAGGCAACGCGCACCGCCACCCACGCCGACCUCGACGGCGCCAUCCAAGUUGAGACCGCCGCUGCGGCUGACGAGAAGGAAGAAGAGAGUGAAGACGAGGAUGAGGACGGCCUCUUCCAGGAGACGGUGCUGUUCAUAAACAACUUCCACUCGCUCAGCAGCAUGCGUUGCACGCCAGCGAAGACUCCUCAGCAGCCGAGUCAGGAAACGAUCGUCGGCUCGGCCAUUCAGACGCCGCACAUGCCUCGCUCGCUGGAGGUGACACCUGUGAAGAAGCUGCCGACAGGUCGCGAGAUGCCGGGGGAGAGCGACGCCGCUGGUCACCUGAAUCAGGCGGAAGCGGGCGCGGCUUCUUCUGGCAGCAGAAGGUUCCCGACUGCAGACACGACGGCCUCGGCGUGCUGCACGGUUUGUGUGUCACCAGCCACGACAGUGAACACGCACGUGCCGGCGGCGCCUGCCUCUCCGCUCCCUACCCCACAGCAGUGGUGCUGCCCCGAUACUUGCGCGUCAACCUUUGCAGCCGCCGCCACCACCACAGCACCAACCACCCCGGCGGCAAGCGAGUACUUCUUCAUUGACAACCACGAUGGCACUGCCUACCUCUCCGACGCCUCGCUGCAGCUGGACGGCAGCUACGUUCUCGGCCAAACCAUCUUGCUGGCUCGGAGCAGCGCCACGUCGGAGGCUUCACCGAUAUCUGCGGCGCGCCGCAACGCCGCCGGCGCUGAGUCCCCGGUGGUGAGGCUGCAGUUUGAUGCAGACCUGCCGCAGCAGCGCGCCAAGCUCACGCACCGCCCACUUCGCAGCGCGCGUCUUACCGAGGUACUCUCGGCAUCUAUGGCAGCGCCUUUCUCCCCAAACUCGCCGGUCCCGCACCCGAUCCAGAGCGGUGCUGCAUCUCCAGUGUCUCCAAGCAUCGCUCGCGUGCUCUGCCGCUCUGCCGCUCCGUCGCGCGACAACUCGAGCCGCCCGGUGGCGUCCGCGGCUGCAUGCCGUCUGCUUUCGAGCAACUUCGGCGACAGCUUCUGCUUUGACCAGACGCUGCUGGUGCCGCUAAAUGAGAGCGUCGACGCGGGCCGCUCCGCUGUCAUCGCGGAUGCUUUUUUGGUGACCGAUCGGAGCUACCGCAGCAGCGCCCCGGCGCGAUGGGAGGCGUGCGCCUCGCCCACGGUGGUGACACCGGCGCUCUCAUCGGCCGCCGUGUCAUUCAGAACGUUCCAGGCAGGGACAGAGCGUCGUGAGCGCGGCGUGCCACGACUCUCACCAUCCUGCCCCGCCGCCUCGUUUUCCGUCUCGCAUGCCUCUCCGGUGCCUGAUACGCCCAACGCAGCAGAGCAGCUUGCCUCUCAGCAGGCCCGUGCGACUCGCGAGAAACGAACUCUACGUUCAGAUCAGGAUGUCAUCUACCUUAUCCCUUCCGACGCCGUCACGGAGACGAUAACGCCGGAUGACAUCACAAGUCAGGGGUGGAUCCCAGUGCAGACCGUGGGCGUCCUACCCUCUGCCGCGGCUACCACCGCCACUGCCGCUGGCGACGAUGGCCGUUCCCGCUCGUGCAUUGUUGGCGGUGGUGCCGAGUCACCGCUCCCCAAGAAUCCCUCCACCACUACCGCUGCUGCGAGAAUGAGCUCGCAAGGUGCUUGCGCCGACGAGUUUGAGCGUGAACAGAGCCUCUCGCGCUGUUUAUACGACGGUCACGGCGGUGGUGCCCUGCCGAUCUUCAGCCCGGCGUCCACGCUGUCUGCCUCGACGCUGGAGUGCAUCAAUCGUCGGCUGACCUAUUCCAUCUCGAGGUGGGCCAGCGCUCAUCAGCAUUUCGACACUGCCUCCCAGUCCGACGCCGACGGGGUUAGCGGCGUCAACCUUGCCGGCAGCAUGGCGUUGCCCCUCCCCACACCGCAUUGCCUCGCUGGGCAUCCCAACGAGCGGCACCACAGCAACACCGGCGGCAGCAUCCAGAGAGAAGCAAGCUCGCUCUGCUGGGGCAACGAAAAGGCCUUCAGCGGCAGUUUCAGUGCUUUUGCGGCUGAGCAGACCAGCGACAGCCGCUCCCCUGUGCCGGUGCCGCCCAAGUUGUCGGAGACGCCGCAGCGUGAGCAGAGCCCGUCUCGUUGCGCGGCUGUCUCCAUCCCCAUCGCACCGUUACAACAAGGUCGCCCUGUCGGGGCAGCAGGCGCAGAGGAGGACGACACCGGCGAUACAGCCUACGUCGACUGGAGCUCUUUGCUGACGAGCAUGAGAUAUCAGCGCCCGUCUACCGUUGAGGCGGCAACAAGCGAGUCGCAUGCGAACGAAGGCUCCCUGAGUAUCCCGCUGACAUCGUCGGUCAGUGCGAUUCUCGGGACGGGGGCGCUGCCGCCCGCCUCCGGGGGACGGUAUGCGGGGGGCGCAGCGACUGGCGCCGUUGCUUCGCAUCAUGCCAUACAGCAGGCGCCGCAGCAUCUGCGUGCCCCGCACCCUCGCCGUAUGUCCGCCACAAGAUUCUCUUACGGCACUGCCUCUUCCUCCGUCUCCGUGCAGGCCUUUGGUGAGCACAGUCAGCGGAUGCCGACGGGGGCGGUGCUGCCCUUCUCGAGCGCCGCUGGCGCCGCCGGCAACAGCAGCUUCCGCACGACCUACUGCUGCAACCGCCCCAGCACUACCAGCACGGAGACGGCCUCGCUCAACCCCGGCUUCGGUGGAGGCGAUGGUCCUGGCUCGAGCAGCGUCAGCGCGGCGGGACUGCCGCUCUCACGCGGUGCGCUGCCCCACCAUCAUCCACACCACCAGCACCGCUACUCGCAACAGCGUGCUGGUAUGAUCCGCAUACACAGCACCGGCAGCUUGCUGGCAGAGAGGUUCACGGCGGAGGCUGCGGCGAUGAGUGUCAGCGGCACGGCCCCCCGCUUGGGAGCGGUAAGCCGCAACAACGUUCUGCAUCGCAACAGCUACGCCAGCCCACACCAGCAACAGUACCUUCGCUGGACAGAGGCCACGGCGCUAGCUGGGGCCGUGCCAGCAACGGUCAGCGGUCGUCGUGCCGCUGCGACUGCAGGGUUCCUGGUGCCGGACACUUCCGUGUUCCUGCCCUGGGCCCCGCUCACCAUCACACCGGAGGGCUCUGUCAACCUGGGCGGAAGUGAAGCGACUGGCCGUCGCGGCGUCGCCGCUGCGAUGACUGGUGUGCCUGCGCCCCAUGUGCCGAUGACACUGAUGCCGUUCACCAGCUCCGCAGAGACGAGCACGGCGACGACGACGAACAGCACCACGUGCGACGCGGUGAGCACGCGAGAGGUGGCGCACCAGUUCGCCGACGACCUCACCCGCGGCGACACGGUGCUCUCCCCCGCGACGCUGCGAACGCUGAACACGGCCGUGGCGGCUGCGAUGGAGAUGACUGUGAACCAGCUUCAGGCAUCUCUGUACGCUGCAUCGACGGCGACAGAGCCGGAGCCCGUGCCGCUGGCGCCGAACGCGGAUGCGACAACACCAGCGGUGCCCUCCUCUCCUCACGCAUUCAAGCAAGACGACGAGGCUCACAAGGAAAAUUAUGCAGUGCGUUCCCGGAUAAGCUGCAACCCCGCCAGCGCUGCUGUCGCCGCUGGCAGUGCGCAGAGAUCGAGGUCCGCCAGCGGAACGAGACCGCUCGGAUGUCGGGAAGGCUCGGCGACGAACAUCGCCGUGCGACUGUCCAGCAAGGCACGCUCGCCCUCUAACCCGGCACAACCAGGGGGCGCUCCUCUUCUUGGUCAGCAGUUACCGCAGUAG